AUGUUUCAUAAUUCUACUGAGCCAUUCAGACCAUCAUCAUCGCAAAUCUUCACUUUUGUUCAAAAGAUAGGUGGAGUGAACAAUGGGAUUUCGGCUGUUGGUAGAAUUGAGGACAACAAAUGUUUGGGAGCAUGUUGUCGGGAGUUCACACGACGCCAUUUUCCGUGUUGUCUACUGAGCAACUUCGAUGCGACCAUCCGCCACCCACGCCUUCAUCCUUUCUUAAUCAUCUCUCAGGAACAGAUGGAAUUGUUGGUACGGAUUCUGGCGGUAGUGUCGCUUUCUUCCGCAGUAACGCACAGGAUUCGACAUUAUCGCCAACCGGCUCCAGAUGGCGAGACUUUUGCGUUAAUAGUUGCUGGAUCAGACGGAUGGUAUAACUAUCGCCAUCAGGCGGAUGCUUGUCAUGCUUAUCAUACAUUACGGAAUCAUGGAAUUCCUGAAGAGAAUAUCAUAUUGAUGAUGUACGACGAUAUAGCCCACAACAAGCAGAAUCCGUAUCCGGGGAAAAUUUUUAAUCGACCUCAUGGUGAUGACGUCUACAAAGGAGUAAAGAUUGAUUACAGAAAUAGGGCCGUCACACCUCAAAACUUCUUGAAUAUUCUCAAAGGGAACGCAAGCGGAGUGGUAGGAGGAAGUGGCAGAGUGAUUGAUAGCAACGCAAACGACCGCAUUUUCGUCUUUUUCACAGAUCAUGGCGGUGUUGGCAUGAUUGCAUUUCCCGAUGAAAUGUUAACCGUCAAAGAAUUGAACGAAGCGCUGAAUUGGAUGUACGAACACGAUCGAUAUGACCAACUCGUGUUCUACCUAGAGGCAUGCGAAAGUGGAUCAAUGUUCGAGAGCGUUCUAAAGAGUUCCAUAAAUGUGUAUGCAGUCACGGCAGCAAACAGCCACGAGUCUUCUUGGGGGACGUACUGCGAGAACGAUAUGAAACUUCCUUGCCUCGGUGAUUUAUUUUCAGUGAACUGGAUGAUGGACUCAGAUGAGAAAGACAUCAACGUUGAGACUUUGGAAGAUCAAUAUGAACAAGUAAAAGAACUCACCAACAUGUCUCAUGUGAUGCAUUACGGUGACAUGAAACUUACGACAGAGCCAGUCGGCUGGUUUCAAGGUGAAGGCAAAGCUCAUCGGAAGAAGAUCCAUUAUGUUGAUGAGGAGCCUUAUAGAGCAAUUUCUUGGCCAUCAAGAGACAUUGAAUUGUUAUACCUACAUCAACUGAAGGAGUCCACUAACGAUGUAUUUGAAGUCAAGGAGUUGAAUCGAAAAAUUCGUAAGAUUCAUGAGGAUCGCCGGAACAUCAAAUCGCUGUAUUUGAGCCUCAUAGAUAUCUUCUUUGAAGACGCAGUUGACAGGCGUCGAAUGGUGGAAGAACGUAAUAUUGUCGAAGAUCUCGACUGUCACCACGAAGUCGUGCGGAUGUUCGAUUUGAUUUGCAUAGAUGUCAAUAAGUACGACUAUGCGCUUAAAUACGUUUACAUCCUAAACAAUCUAUGCAUUGAAGUUGGGGAUGCUAAGGAGAUCAUCGAUGCGAUGUGGACAGUCUGCUCAAAGACACGUUUCAAAUACUUUUAA